AGGAGCGGUUUCAGCCGAACGCAGCAGACCUCAUUUCUUCUUUCUUUCGAAGCACUGCUUGCGUGAUCGCAAAGCAGCGUCCUCGUUGCCCCCUAUACUGUUAGUUAGGAAGCGCCCUCUUUUCUAAAUCCGUUGCUUCUUCGUUGUGCGCUUCUGCUGUUCCCGCAGCCCUCUUGCUGCCUCGUUUAUGUUUCUGAUCAGCUGGUGGGUUGCACACUGGAGAGUCAUUUUUGCUGCGGCAGUCGCCAUCAUCUUCUUCUCCCGUCGCGUCCGUCGCAUUUCUCAGGAGUCGGAGAGGGAGCAGGAAAGGAAACAAGAGGCGGAGGACAGAAUGGACAACGGCGCAUCGAAGCGAGAGGAGCAGCCGCCAUCCGCCCCGCCUGCCCAGCCCUCCGGCGCAGGUGCCACGGCGUCUCCUCCGGCGGCAACCACAGACAAUGGGUCACCGCAGCCCAACACGAACGAUCAACAGCCGCCUGAGCCGGCGGACCAGUCACCGGAUGAACACAUCGAUGCAACGCUGGACGAGAUCACCAGUCUUUUUGCGAAUCGUAGCCCCAAGCACGCUCUCCAAGGCGCGUCCGACGCGGUGCGCAACGUGGUGACCGGUGUGGGCCUCGGCAUCGCCGGUGUUGCGGCCGGCACCUACAGCGGGGUGAAGGAGGGCGGGUGGAAAGGCAUGGCGAAGGGCCUCGGCGCUGGAGCGGUCGGCUUGGUGGGGCUGACGGGCUACGGUCUCUACUCCGGUGGCCGGCAGGUGGUGCGAGGCCUCGGCAACACCCCAUCCGCGGUCAGUGAGGUGAACAAAGGCGAAUCCUACUGGGACAGCAACACGCAGACAUGGGUGCGGGUGAACCUGGCGCACGACUUUGAGGCGCUGCCGCAAACCGACGACGAUGUGAUGACGAAGGCCCGGAAGGCCUACGCCCAGGCGGAGAAGGACGGCACGCUGCCCACCAUGGCCCCGCCGCAUCCGCCCACCUCCGCCGCAGAGCACGCGGCGGCGGAAGGCACCACGGAGACCCCUUCAGCAGAGCCCCACCAAGGCGGGGGAGCGGCCCAGGCGCCAGCCGCCGACGAUGACACCGCCGAGCCGGCUGAUUACUACGCCUUUCUCGGGGUGGAGAAGACGGCGACGGCAGGGGAAAUCCGUAAGGCCUACACUCGCAAAGCGCUGGAGAUGCACCCGGACAAGAACCCGAACGACCCGAACGCGACCCUCAAGUUCCAGAACCUGAACAAGAUCUACAGCGUCCUCAGCAACGAGGACACUCGCGCCGCCUACGACCGGUACGGAACCGUGGACCCGCAGACCGUGCCGGAGAUGACGAGCAACCCCAUGAAAGAGAUGCUGGGUGCGACCUUCCUCGAGCCGCUCGUGGGGCAGCUGCACUUCAUUCUCGUCUUCGAGGGCGGCGUGCUGCUCUCGGCGGAGAUGCAGCAGGAGCUGCACGCGCGGCGUCGCCUGCGUGUCGCGAAGAACCUCGUCUCCUGGCUGGACAACGGCCCCACCGGGCUCCAAGCGGCGGAGCUGGCCAUGCGGGACGCCGUGUCAACCCCACUCGGCCCUGUGCUCGUCUCCUACGUGGCGGAGCAGUACCACCUCAGCUCGCGGCAGCAGCUCCACAGCAACGCCUGGGCACGUGAGAUGGACAGCUGGUACUCGUCGUGGGCGAUGUCUGCCUCGUCGCUCUGGCACUGGGCCUCCACCGGCGCCCACACCGCCCGCCGCGCCUUCUUCGACAAAAGCUUGGCCGAGGAGGACAUCCUGCGCGUCCUCGCCGUGGCGACUGAGAGCGAUGUGCGGCACAUCGCGCUGCAGGCCUGCCGCCUGGUGCUGUACGACACGAGCGUCACCCCGCAGGCGCGCCAGGAGCGGGCGGUGGGGCUGGAGAAGCUGAGUGAGAUGGCCAUGGCGGAGGUGAGGCGGGAGAUCGCGUCGCGCGAGAGUGCAGCGGCGAUCGCAGCCUCGGAGGAGCAGACGGCCGCUGCUGCUGCUGCUGCUGCUGCUGCGACAGAUGGGCAAACAAAGCCGCAGCAUGACGGCGAAAGCGCAGCGCCUCCACCUUAAGUAGUAUCUACCUUUCCUAUUUUAUGAUUUGCCUUUCUAUUCUACGUAUAUGCCGUGUAUUUCUGCUGCGUUGCAGACAAAACGAUGCUCUGAAGCUUUUAGCUGCCGUGUAGAGCGUUUCUUUUCUUUGGGGCUGUUUCUCUCUAUUGGUUGAUGGACUGUUGUCGUGGGCGCUUUAACACGGGAAAAAAAACAAUAUUGUUUUAUUCCUAUUCCUCCACGGAGUGAACCGGGUGAGGCGUGCAACUAUAUAUAUGCAAUGCAUUUUAUUUUUCAUCUUUG